GGGACUCAAGGGGGGUGUACAACAUUUGAUUAGAUUUUUUUUACAUUAGGCUUUGCUAUCUGAAUGCAAAUAACUGGGAGGAGACUUUAUUGUUUAGUGUAAUCCCACCCAGACAAUGUAGAGGUGGUCUGUGCUAUAUAAAGACCCUCGUCACCAUCUGCCCCCCACCCUCCUACCUGGACUCACAGCCUACCAUCAAAAUGAAGGUCGUUCUUCUCAUCACUUUGUGCUUCUUCCAUCAAGUUUCAUCUCGGCCAGCGUCUCGCAUGGUGCGUUCCCUCAUAUGCGUUGGUGAUGACUGUUACGUAACCACAAAUCCUGGUUACAUUAAUGAAGUUAUCGAAGAACAUGGUUCUGGAGAUGAAAUUGGACAGACUGGAAAGGACCAAGGAGUGGAAGGUUCUGGAGAUAACACAGGACUGGUUGGAAAGGACCAAGGAGUGGAAGGUUCUGGAGAUAACACAGGACUGGUUGGAAAGGACCAAGGAGUGGAAGGUUCUGGAGAUAACACAGGACUGGUUGGAAAAGACCAAGGAGUGGAAGGUUCUGGAGAUAACACAGGACUGGUUGGAAAGGACCAAGGAGUGGAGGGUUCUGGAGAUAACACAGGACUGUUUGGAAAGGACCAAGGAGUGGAAGGUUCCGGAGAUAACACAGGACUGUUUGGAAAGGACCAAGGAGUGGAAGGUUCUGGAGAUAGCACAGGACUGUUUGGAAAAGACCAAGGAGUGGAAGGUUCCGGAGAUAACACAGGACUGUUUGGAAAAGACCAAGGAGUGGAAGGUUCUGGAGAUAGCACAGGACUGUUUGGAAAGGACCAAGGAGUGGAAGGUUCUGGAGAUAACACAGGUCUGUUUGGAAAGGACCAAGGAGUGGAAGGUUCUGGAGAUAACACAGGACUGUUUGGAAAGGACCAAGGAGUGGAAGGUUCUGGAGAUAACACAGGACUGUUUGGAAAGGACCAAGGAGUGGAUGGUUCGGGAGAUAACACAGGACUGUUUGGAAAGGACCAAGGAGUGGAAGGUUCUGGAGAUAGCACAGGACUGUUUGGAAAGGACCAAGGAGUGGAAGGUUCUGGAGAUAGCACAGGUCUGUUUGGAAAGGACCAAGGAGUGGAAGGUUCUGGAGAUAGCACAGGACUGUUUGGAAAGGACCAAGGAGUGGAAGGUUCAGGAGAUAACACAGGACUGUUUGGAAAGGACCAAGGAGUGGAAGGUUCCGGAGAGAACACAGGAUUGUUUGGAAAGGACCAAGGAGUGGAAGGUUCCGGAGAAAAUGCAGGUCUGAUUGGAAAGGACUACCAAGGAAUUGGUUCUGGAGAUAACACAGGACUGUUUGGAAAGGACCAAGGAGAAAUUGGUUCCGGCGCUAUAGUGGUUCUUACUGGAGAAAACUAAAGCCCACCAUACAUGGGUUUUACAGAUAGAUCUGGGAAAUGAGAAUAAAAGAUCUUUGGGAAUUCUAUAUCCUAUAUGUAGGGUGCCACAUAUUCCAGUUCCAUUUCCAAUUUCUUGUGUAAAAAAAGUUGUUG